AAACCCCACCAUCCAACCUUACCACACCUAUUUGCAUGUCAUUCUCUCUUCAGUUUUCUCCCACUCUUUGUAUAUUUUUCUUUCUCCCUUCUUCCUUCACAUCCAUUGCUCUCUCUUCUCUCACCCAACAAAAACUCAUUCCUUUUAAGCACAAUAGAAGAAGAAGAACAACAACAACAACAGCAGCAUAUCUCAGAUAUCAUCAUGGCCGUUGAAGCGCGCCAUCUCAAUCUCUUCCCUUCUCAACUCAUCACCAACCGGCAAGUGAUGGAUUCUGGUGAGGCGAAUAUGAUGAACAUGUACAACAACAGCACUCCGAUUGGUGGUUACUCUUCGUUUCUGCCGUUAUCCGGCGCCGUCACGGAGACGGCGCUUCCGUCCUCGGUUUUCAACCAUUCUCUCGCCAACGCCGUCAAAUCCGAAAGCGGCGUUACCUACAACAACAACAACAACAACAACAACGUUUCUGUUUCUCCCAUGUCGAGAAAGCGUUCCCGAGAUAAUAACAACAAUUACGGUUACAACAACAACAACAACGAUUCAUUUUCGUUUCUCGGCCAAGACGUUUCUCUCCAGAUCCAGCAGCAGCAACUCGACAUCGAGCAUUUAAUCAUGCAACGCAUGGAGAAGGUGAGAAUGGAGAUUGAUGAGAAGAGGAAGAGGCAAGCGAGGAGGAUCAUUGAAGCGAUUGAGGUUGGAGUGAUGAAGAAGCUGAAGACGAAGGAAGAGGAGAUAGAGAAAAUCGGAAAACUGAAUUGGGCGUUGGAAGAGAAAGUGAAGCAUCUCUGCAUGGAGAAUCAGGUGUGGCGUAACAUAGCGGAAACCAACGAAGCCACAGCGAAUGCUCUGCGGUGUAAUUUAGAGCAGGUUCUCGCGCAGCGCGGCGGAAUGGCGGCGGAGGAAGACGUCGGCGGAGGCGCCACCGUGUGCGGCGGCGCGGAGAUGGACGACGCCGAGUCCUGCUGCGGGAGCACCGAGGAGGACGGUUUAGAAAAGGAAACGGGGGGUUGGCGCACGUUAGCGGGGUGCGCAGGGGUGAAGGAUAAGGAGGGUGGUGGUAAUGGGAGGUUGUGCAGGAACUGUAGGAAGGAAGAGUCUUGUGUGCUGAUUUUGCCGUGCCGUCAUUUGUGCUUGUGUACUGUGUGUGGGUCUUCACUCCACAUUUGUCCCAUUUGUAAAUCCUAUAAGACUGCUAGUGUGCAUGUUAACAUGUCCUAAUUUUUGGAUAAGAUAGGACUCUAGGACCUUAAUGAGAAUCAUCUCUUUGUCUCAACUCAAUCUCAUAAAAGGAAAAAAUAUAUCAAAUUUUCAUAAAUUGACAAAUUGUUAAAGAAUAGUAGUUCAUUUUGAUCC